AUGCCUGAAAACGGGGGACGCCAGGGGGCCGCGAGGAGGUUUGCGAUGCAUUAUCGCACAGAGAUAGCUGCUAGUGGAGCCAGUGUCAUCUCGACCCUCGCCGCGUUUCCUCUCGACAGCGUGAAGACCCGCAUGCAAACAUACCAAUACAAUGGCGUCAUAGAUUGUAUACGACACACCUACCGAACCGAGCACUUGAGAGGCUUUUUCCGAGGCGUUGUUGCGCCAAUGGCCAGCGUUACACUCGUUCGAACUAUAUCCUUCUCAAUCUAUGUACGAUCGAAAUACGAAUAUGCCAAAUGGAUUAACAAGACAUUUGGCGUCGACGUCGUGUCCCGCACCAGCGACAAGGCCAAAUAUCCCAAUAUCUACUCUUGUGCCUGCUUUGCAGCUGCGGGGGCUACCGCCGGCUCUUUCAUCACCAUUCUUGCCUGUCCAUUCGAAUUGACCAAGCUAAGUGCUCAGGUCUCGGUUCUACUUGCGCAGACCAAAUCAAAGGAUAUGUGUAGUCAACGCCAAGCCGUCGCCGCGAGUUAUCAAAACAAGGGCACCUUGAAGACCAUGGCUACGAUUAUAAAGCACAGGGGCUUCAUGGGCCUAUACACCGGCUUCAAUCUUCAUCUGAUGCGCGAUACCCUUGGUACUGCGAUAUACUUUGCGGUGUAUGAGAGUAGUAAGCAGCUCGGCACGUCCUUGGGAGGAGAGCAUCCAUACGCUCGCAAACUGUCCGUGCUGAUGUCAGGAGGCCUUUGCGGCAUCGUCUCCUGGGCGGCGAUUUAUCCAAUUGACUCUGUAAAGAGUAUCUAUCAGAAAAACUCACUUCUGUAUUCGAAGGGCCAGAAGGUAGAGCCACGACCGAAGAUUGAAUGGCUCAAGCGAGACAUGUAUCGCGGCUUGGGUGUAUCCAUGGGCCGCUCAUGUGCCGUGAAUGCGAUUUUCUUCUCAUCCUUUGAGUUUAUCAAGAACAGCAUAAAGGCGUUGGAGGAGACACCUCCCUGA